AUGACGCAGAAGAUCAUCCUCGCCGUCAACGCCGGCUCCUCGUCGGUCAAGAUCUCCGUCUACACGGCCGAGCAGAGGCAGGCGCCCGUGCAGAUUGCCGAGACGCAGAUCAACGGCCUGACGGCGCCGCCGCCGAAGCUGGACUACUCGCGCGGCGGCGAGCGGCUGUUCAAGGACCGCGAGGUCGAGGACGCCAUCGACAGCCAGGACGACGCGUUCCGGCUGCUGCUCAAGACGCUCGUCGACGACGAGGGCCUGCCGCAGAUCCGCAGCAACGCCGACAUCGCCAUCGUGUCGCACCGCAUUGUCCACGGCGGCGACUACCGCGAGGCCAAGGUCAUCAAUGAGGACACUUACCACCAUCUUGAGGCCCUCAAUGAUUUGGCGCCCCUGCACAACUCCAAGGGCCUCGAGAUUGUGCGCAGCUGCAUGGACCAGCUGCCCGGCGCGACGAAUGUCGCCUGCUUCGACAGCCAGUUCCACGCCAGCAUCCCUGAGCACAUCCGCACAUACCCGAUAGACCCCAAGAUUGCCAAGAAGAACCAGCUGAGAAAGUAUGGUUUCCAUGGCAUCAGUUAUGCAUUCAUCACGCGCAGUGUGGCCGAAUAUCUAGGCAAACCGCAGAAGGAGGUGAACAUCAUUGCGCUGCAUCUAGGGAGCGGAGCGAGCGCGUGCGCCGUGAAGGGUGGACGAAGUUGGGAUACGAGCAUGGGUUUGACACCGCUGGCUGGCCUGCCCGGUGCGACGAGGAGCGGGAGUAUCGAUCCUAGCCUUGUUUUCCACUACGCCAGCGACGUCGGCAAGCUGUCGCCCGCAUCGACCAAGGACCUGCACAUCUCGACCGCCGAGGAGAUUCUUAACAAGGAGGCCGGGUGGAAGGCGCUGACGGGGACGACCAACUUCGGCGUGAUCGCCACCUCCUCGGAGCCGCAGAUGAAGCUGGCCUUCGACCUGUUCGUCGACCGCGUCACCGCCUUCGUGGGCUCCUACUACGUCUCGCUCAAGGGCCAAGUCGACGCGCUCGUCUUCGCCGGCGGCAUCGGCGAGAAGAGCGACCGCCUGCGCGCCGCCGUCGUCGACCAGUGCGCCUGCCUGGGCUUCACCAUCGACCCCGCCAAGAACGGCCAGAAGGUCUCGGACACGGUCACGGACCUCUCCGGCGAGGGCGCCCGGCACCGCACGCUCGUGUGCCUGACGGACGAGCAGUUCGAGAUGGCCAGAGGCUGCGCCGAGGACACGGCGCUGUGGCUCGACGACGGCACGCCGACUUUGACUUUGGGGCGGAUUGCGAGCCACAAUUAA